AUGACUGUUCCCUUUAAUGUCCCCCGAAGUGAUUUGGAUUAUUGCUUAGAACAGCUAUUAAUUCAUAAACCACCGCGACUUCUACCUCCAGAAACACUCCAGCAAUUAUGCCAUUCAUUGAAAUCACAGCUAUUGAUGACACCUAACAUAAUGUCAAUAUCGUCACCCAUUACGAUAGUGGGUGACAUUCACGGUCAAUAUCAUGAUUUAUUGGAAAUCUUUGAAAUAGGAGGCUCUCCCCCGAACACGAAUUAUUUAUUUUUAGGUGAUUACGUUGAUAGAGGUUACUACUCUGUAGAAACUAUAUCACUAUUGAUUGUUUUGAAAUUACGCUAUCCUGAAAGAGUGUUCUUAAUUCGUGGAAAUCAUGAAUCGAGAACGAUUACAACGAACUAUGGGUUUUAUUCUGAGGUUUUAAAUAAGUACAACGGAUCAUCCGAAGUGUGGACGUUACUUACGGAUCUAUUUGAUUAUUUGCCUUUAGGGGCCACCAUAGACGGUACUAUAUUUGCUACGCACGGUGGAUUAUCCCCUAGCUGCCAACAAUUGGAUCAGAUCAGAACUAUUGACAGAUUCAAAGAAAUUCCACACGAUGGCAUAAUGGCAGACUUAGUUUGGUCCGAUCCUGAUCCUGAAAUCUUUGAUUUCAAGCUAUCCCCAAGAGGUGCUGGUUAUCUCUUUGGGUUUGAAGUUGCAAACAAGUUUUGCAAUGACAAUAAUCUAGUGCAGCUUGUCAGAGCACAUCAGCUAUGCAACGAAGGCUACGUUAGCUAUUGGAACGGUAAAUGCGUCACAGUCUGGUCAGCACCCAACUACUGCUACAGGUGUGGGAAUAAGGCUAGUGUAUUAGAAGUUCUUCAUUCAAAUUACCAAAACAAGGACUCAGAGUUCCGUGCUCAAAAGGAACCUCGGGCCAACGAGCAAGGAGUGCUACCUGGUCAAUACUUUAACGUUUUUGAAGCCUCCCCCGAGAAUGAUGAAGAUACUCUUAAUGGCAAGGGCGUCAAUGGAAUAGAUUCGAGCUCGAGUAUCACUGAUUCUAUAUUCAGUGAAUUUUUUCAACAGAAAAAGCGACAACACAUAGAGUAUUUUCUAUAA